AUGGAUCGCAAUGGAGCGGGUUAUGGAGCGCCGCCAGCCAAGCGACAGAGAACGGGUCACUUUCAACACGAUCAAGAUCAGAUGUGGCAUCGAGAACAACUCGUGAAGUCGGGCCUCGCACAGCAGACUGGAAUUCAACAUGCGCACAACCUUGCCGAAGACCAAGAUGAUACCCGAGUACAUUUGAGCGUACACGAACUGCGACCUCCCUUCCUCGAUGGCCGCACGAUUUUCACCACGCAGCUGGAUCCUAUUUCCGCCAUCCGAGAUCCACAGAGUGACAUGGCUGUCUUUAGUCGAAAGGGAAGCAAAGUUGUGCGAGAACGUCGGCAGCAGCGGGAGCGGCAGAGGCAGGCUCAGGAUGCGACGACAAUGGCAGGCACUACAUUGGGAAAUCUUAUGGGUGUCAAGGAAGAGGAAGAAGGUGACAGCGCGGCGGCUGCCCCCGUUGAGGAGAUCUACAAGCGCGGAGGGAACAAGUUUGCUCAGCAUCUCAAGAAAGAUGAAGGCGGCUCUAGUUCUUUCAGCAAGAGCAAGACUCUGCGCGAACAAAGAGAGUAUCUUCCUGCCUUCGCCGUCCGUGAAGAUCUCUUACGAGUGAUUCGUGAUAAUCAGGUCAUUGUGGUUGUGGGUGAAACAGGUUCUGGAAAAACGACGCAGUUGACCCAGUUCCUUUACGAAGAUGGCUAUUCGAAACUCGGCAUGAUUGGGUGUACGCAACCUCGUCGCGUGGCAGCUAUGAGUGUCGCGAAGCGUGUCAGUGAAGAGAUGGAUGUCGACCUUGGUGAUCUUGUCGGAUAUGCCAUUCGUUUUGAGGAUUGCACCAGCGAUAAGACUGUGAUAAAAUACAUGACGGAUGGUGUCCUUCUUCGAGAAUCUUUGGCUCAGGCUGAUUUGGAUAAAUACUCUUAUGUGUUGAUGGGUCUUCUCAAAAAGGUUCUUGCUCGACGAAGAGACCUCAAAUUGAUCGUCACAUCGGCCACAAUGAAUGCAGAGCGCUUCUCGCGCUUUUUUGGUGGGGCGCCAGAGUUCAUCAUUCCUGGUAGAACAUUCCCUGUGGACCUCCAUUUUUCCAGGUCUCCCUGUGAGGACUAUGUCGACAGUGCGGUCAAGCAGGUUUUGACCAUCCAUGUCUCGCAAGGUCCAGGUGAUAUCCUCGUUUUCAUGACUGGACAAGAAGAUAUUGAAGCAACCUGCGAGCUCAUUGACGAGCGGUUGCAGCUUCUCAACGAUCCGCCAAAACUCAGCAUAUUGCCUAUCUACAGUCAACUACCGGCGGAGCAACAGGCAAAGGUCUUCGAAAAGGCCGACAAGGGCGUUCGCAAGGUCAUUGUGGCCACCAACAUUGCUGAAACCAGUCUGACUAUCGACGGAAUCAUGUACGUCGUGGAUCCAGGAUACUCCAAGCUCAAGACGUACAACCCCAAAAUGGGCAUGGACAGUCUUCAGAUCACCCCGAUCUCCCAGGCCAAUGCCAAUCAGCGAUCUGGCCGUGCUGGAAGAACAGGCCCUGGAAAGGCUUAUCGCUUGUACACUGAAGCCGCCUUUAAGAAUGAGCUUUACAUGCAGACAAUCCCGGAAAUCCAGCGCACAAGUCUUGCCAACACAGUGUUGCUGCUAAAGUCUCUUGGCGUAAAGGAUCUCCUCGAAUUCGACUUUAUGGAUCCGCCUUCACAAGAGGUCAUGUCUACGUCCCUUUUCGAACUUUGGGCCCUUGGAGCUCUGGACAACCUGGGUGAACUUACGCAACUAGGCCGUCGCAUGACGCCUUUCCCCGCCGAUCCAGCCCUUGCCAAGCUCAUAAUCAUGGCUUCCGAGGUAUACGACUGCAGCGAGGAGAUGCUCACCAUCGUGUCCAUGCUCACUGUUCCACAUGUCUUCUACCGCCCCAGAGAGCGCGAGGAGGAGGCCGACUCUGCGCAUGAGAAGUUCUAUGUCCAUGAAUCGGACCAUCUGACUCUCCUUCAUGUGUAUACGCAGUGGAAGGCCAACGGCUGCUCUGACCGCUGGUGUACCCGACACUUCCUUCACGCGAAGAAUCUGAGACAGGCCAAAGAAGUUCGGGACCAAUUCCAAGACAUCAUGACACAGCAAAAGAUGCCACUCAUUAGCUGCGGCACGGAUUGGGAUGUCAUCCGGAAGUGUAUUUGCUCUGGCUUCUACCAUCAAGCCGCGCGACGGGGCGGUGGUAGUGGCAGUGAAAAGGAGUACCUAAACCUUCGCACCAGUGUGUCUAUGUAUCUGCAAAGGUCGAGCGCCCUGUCUGGGCUGAGUGAUGCGCCUCCAUUCGUUGUCUACCACGAGUUGAGAUUGACGGCGAGAGAGUACAUGUCCGUUGUGACAGCCGUUGAUCCUGAAUGGCUUGCCGACCUCGGUGGUGUCUUCUACUCCAUGAAAGAAAAAGGAUACUCUCAGCGGGACCGUCGCAUCAAAGAGCGAGAAAUCAACAAGAGCAUGCAAAUUCAACAAGAGAUGGCGGAUGCUCGUGCGAUCGCUGCUAAGGCCAAAGAGGCCGAGAAAGAAUUCGAUUCUGUGCGACGCAAGACUGAGAUUGAGGUUGGAGGAGCCCGGUCGGUCGUGCGUCGGCCUGCCGUUAUUCAAGGAGGUAAGAGGCAAAUUGGUGGCGUGACUGCUUCCUCAUCUCCAUCUCCCCGACCUGGUGCUGGAAGCAGUGGAUCUGGGGGCAGCGUGGUAAAGAAACCCAUUGGGCGGAGGAGGCCAGGUCAUUUCUAA